AUGUGGCUGGAGUCGUUUGAUGUGGCGUUCAAAGACACUCGGGACCAGACGGGUUCACAGGCCCGACCGGGAAUCAGGAGGAUCCGAGCAAACAACCUGUCCUUUACAUUCAGGGGCCGCGAUCUGAGGCGCGACCUGAGGCGAAACAAAAACGUCUUCAGUGUGAAGUCCCAGGUCUUCAGUGUGAUGUCCCAGGUCUUCAGUGUGAAGUCCCAGGUCUUCAGUGUGAUGUCCCAGGUCUUCAGUGUGAAGUCCCAGGUCUUCAGUGUGAUGUCCCAGGUCUUCAGUGUGAUGUCCCAGGUCUUCAGUGUGAAGUCCCAGGUCUUCAGUGUGAUGUCCCAGGUCUUCAGUGUGAUGUCCCAGGUCUUCAGUGUGAUGUCCCAGGUCUUCAGUGUGAUGUCCCAGGUCUUCAGUGUUAUGUCCCAGGUCUUCAGUGUGAUGUCCCAGGUCUUCAGUGUGAUGUCCCAGGUCUUCAGUGUGAUGUCCCAGGUCUUCAGUGUGAUGUCCCAGGUCUUCAGUGUGAUGUCCCAGGUCUUCAGUGUGAUGUCCCAGGUCUUCAGUGUGAUUUCCCAGGUCUUCAGUGUGUUGUCCCAGGUCUUCAGUGUGAUGUCCCAGGUCUUCAGUGUGAUGUCCCAGGUCUUCAGUGUGAUGUCCCAGGUCUUCAGUGUGAUGUCCCAGGUCUUCAGUGUGAUGUCCCAGGUCUUCAGUGUGAUGUCGCAGCUCUUCGGUGUGAGUGUUGGUUAUAUAUAA